AUGUGCCUCAACAUAGGGGUUCUCAAACUCUAUGGCUAUCCUCAGAGACAGAAUGUGUUGAAGGAUUCAAAGGAGAAACAUAUCAAGAAGACUUGGAAACCCAAAGACCAAGUGACAUGCCUCAUAGCUCACACAUCUUUUAGAGCCUCAUCAAGUGAAGACUGGUACUUUGAUAGUGGUUGUUCAAGACAUAUGACUGGAAACAAGGAAUAUCUUGAAAAUAUCAAAGGAUACGCCAGCAAUUUUGUCACCUUUGGAGAUGGAGCAAAAGGAAAGAUCAAGGGAAUAGGAAAACUGGUAAAUCCUGGAUCCCCAGAUUUGGAUGAUGUGUUGCUUGUUAAAGGACUGACUGCCAAUCUUAUCAGCAUAAGUCAACUCUGUGAUCAAGGUCUUGAUGUGUUAUUCAGUAAGGCAGUAUGUGUUGUAACAACAAAUGAUCAUAAAGUAAUGAUGCAAGGAAUCAGAUCCAAAGACAACUGCUACAUGUGGGUCUCACCAGAAAAGGCACAAGUCUCUAGAUGCUUGAUAUCAAAAGAUGAUGAGCUGAAUCUAUGGCACCAGAGAUUGGGUCAUAUCAAUCUUAAGAGCAUGCAGAAGAUCAUUUCUGAAGAAGCCAUUCGUGGUUUACCAAAGUUAAAAAUUGGUGAGUGA